AUGGAGAGCUUCUGGGAUGGAAAUGCCAAGUCGUCACCAGUCCAGAACUUGGUCUCCGAGGCUAACAUAGUAGAUGAUCCGGCUGCAAUCGAUGUCCCUGGGAGGAUACUCCAACCAUUAAUGCUCAGCGGCGAUACAGCAGCUAUGAUUAAGAACUGGCAAUUUACUUGUCGACAAAACCAUUCAGAUUACCAGCGGCCAGCGUAUCGGCCGCAACGACUGCUACAAGUUGGCGGAGGCGAGGUCAAUCAUCUGAAAUUGCAAGCUUGCCAUGAAAGUUCUGUGCCAAGUUUACCGGAAUAUGCCGCUCUCAGCUAUAUGUGGGGCGGUCCUCAGCGAUUCAUGACAACCAAGGACAGUCUAGAGGCCAGAAUGGUUAGGAUAGAGUUCGAAGACCUUCCUGGUACCCUCAGAGACGCUGUGUUGGUAUGCAGGGUUAUUGGUAUCCGUUGGCUCUGGGUCGAUGUGCUCUGCAUUAUUCAGGAUGAUCCGCAAGACAAGCUUGAACAAAUCAAGACGAUGGGGGAGGUGUAUCGGAGUGCUGCAUUGACUAUCAUACCGGCAUUCUCCCUGGGAAGUGACGAAGGUUUCUUAUCUGAAACAUUCGAGAACGUGACUCUACCCUUCCAGUGUUUCCGCGACAACACCUCUAGUGGCAGGCAAGGUUCCAUAUAUCUAAUCAAGAAGCAACUCGAUGCACCAAGAUUCCCAAUCGAGACUCGAGGUUGGACUAUGCAGGAGCGGCUGCUGUCCACUCGUCUGCUGUUCUUUCACCCCGGAAGAAUCGACUGGGUAUGUCGGGAGUCACACUUGUUCGCCGGAUCUAGUAGCUCUUAUAGUGUCAAUAUGAUCGAUGAGAGCGUGACUGAUCGCUCCUGGGACAAAUGGAACCUUAAUUGCUCAAAUAUCAAGAAUGACGACGUAAACCUGCAAAUUCAACGCUGGUACACUUUAUCCCAGGCGUUCAGCGAGCGCACGCUUUCAGACCCUCUGGAUCGCCUCCCUGCGCUAGCGAGUGUUGCGAAAGAACUUCGUCGGGAGUUUCCAGGGAUAGGGGAUUAUGUUGCGGGUCUGUGGACGACAAACCUAGCACAGCAGCUACUGUGGAAACUUCACCUGUAUACACAACCUAAGUCGAGGCUGAACAAAUUCAUCGGUCCGUCUUGGUCGUGGGUUUCCAUUGAAAGCUCGUUCAUGCUUCCGACCUUCGCUAUAGCGCCAGCUGAUAUUCGUUUGGAAAUCCUGGACUAUGAAAUUCAACACGAUAUCAGUAGCGACCGCUAUGGAUCUCUCUUAGCGGCCUCCCUGGAAGUGAGGGGCCGUCUGAAAACCGCACAGUGGAACAUUUCAACACAGAAAAUUGAAUCUUCGAACGGGUUAUUGUUGGCCGGCAAUACCAAAACUGUUGCCGAUAGCAAGGACUAUGCCUCUCGGGGGCCUCUUGUAGGUAACAUUGUUAAUGUAUACUGUCUAGAGGUUCAAGAUGCCAGGUAUUGGGCUCGGGACAUCAAGACAGAGGGGGGGCAAGUGUUCACGGGGCUUUUGCUUUUCAAAUGUCCAGGUGCUCGGUCGACUUAUCGUCGGGCUGGUUUGUUCAGUCUGGCAAAAGUGGACCAGGACGAGAGUAGCUAUGCAGUUUUUGAAGCUGCUGUGAAGAACCUCGCAUGGUUUGAGGACGUCGAGCCGCAGGUCAUUACCAUCAUUUGA